AUGACCGGCCGCUCCGGCUCCGCCUCGCAGCCGUCGCGCCGCCUCCGCCUCCUCCACGAUCAGCGCCGGCUCGCCCACUCAGCCGGGGCGCCUCCCCGCGCCACGACCCGACCGGCCGGCUCCGCCCCAGCCCUCUCCGCUAACCCAGACGGCGGGCUGGGCCGCCUCCGCCCCCUCCACAAGCAGCGCCGGCUCGCCCACUCCGCCGGGUCGCCGCUCCCAGCCGGCGUCCGCCCCCGCACCCAGCCGCCCCCGCGGGCCGGCUCCGCCUGCUCGCUGCCCCGCGCCUCCGGCUCCUCCCCGCAGGCGCGCUCGCGGCCGGCUUCACCCGCGCCUAACCGCCGGGUUACUGGCGCCCCCGCCUCCGGCUUCAUCCCGCUCCGGCCGGCUCGUCGUGCACCGGUUGCCGCCUCCCUGCAGUUGGCUCCGCCGGCCGACCUCCCGCACCUCGGCCGCGCCGACUCGCCGUCCGCCCGCGCCACUCCCGCUCUGCCUCGCGGGCCCCUGCCGGGUCAAUGCGCCCACGCGUCUGCCCCGCCGGGUCGCCGCGCCCGCCUGUGGCCGCCUCCGCCUCCCGCCCACGGCCGCCUGCUCGCUUCGGCCGGCUCCCGCAGUCGCCGCGCCCGCCUGCGGCCGCCUCCGCCUCCGCCCAUGGCCGACUUCGGCCCCGCUCCCGCGCCGGCUGCGCCGGGCCCAGCCGGUUCCGGCCUCCUCCCCCGCCCUGUGGCCGACCCCCGCUCGCCCGUUGUCCGGCCCGGCCGGCUGCCGGCUCCCGCAUUUUGA